CUAGCCUUUUGUUCAGAAACCCUAACAUCAAUUAAUAUCAAUUUGUUGAACUAGAUUUCUCCAAGAUUCUUGAUUGGUAUAUUGUCUGGUUACCAUGAACAUAAAUUAAUACAUUGAAAAGCCAGUUCCAAAUUAAUACCAUAUAUCUGACCACUUCUUUCAAUAUAUAUCAAGUCCCACCCCCAAAAAUAUACACAACACAUAUAAUAUAUACUUCUCUCUUCUCUAAACCCUUUUAUUUAUCCUCCUUGUUAUCUCUUAUCUACAUUGAAAACAACACAAAAAUUUCAUGGAGAGAACUAGUGAUAGAGAAACUCAAGAUUUGAUGAAUGUAGAGUCCUUCUCUCAACUUCCCUUUAUUAGACCAACAAAAGAAAAAACAGCCAUUAGGCUUUUUGGCAAAGAAUUAUCAGGUACUACUACUACUACAACUCCUCGUCAUGAAGAAACAACAGAUAAUAACAGAAAAUUCGAAUGCCAGUAUUGUUGCAGGAACUUCCCAACUUCACAAGCCCUAGGUGGACAUCAAAACGCGCACAAAAGAGAGCGUCAACAUGCUAAAAGAGCUCAGUAUGCAAAGUAUCAGUACAACGCGUAUUUUCACUCGCCAUUAGACAUUGCUAGUAGUAUUACUAGUAAUGGAUUUUACGCGAGCCAUGUGAAUAAUAAUGGCCGUAGUAGCCAUUAUUUUUCACAUCAAACUCGCGAUAUAAAUGAAAGUCGUUCAUUGGGGUUAUGGAGAGUACCUGCAACUCAUCAUGUUCAUCAUAGUACUAGUAAUUCUUAUUCUAAUUUUGUAAGACCAGGGUAUGUUAAUGGAGAUUGGAAGAAGAACACAAAUAGCUCAAUAUCUGUUAGCAGAUUUGGUUAUGAAUUGAAGGAAGGAGCUCAUCAAGAUCAUGUGAGUUUAGAUCUACACUUGUAAAGACAAUCAUCCUAGCUAUAUAGUAGUACUCUGGCUCGGUUUCAAUUUGUUUGUUUUACUUUAAGAAUGUCAUGAUCUUUUCUCUAAUUUGACAACUCUUCGAUUUCAACAUCUCA